CAUUAUCAUUUAUUCAUUUCGUGCUUUUUGUUGUGCUGAGCUGUCUUUUUUUGUGGGAGCGCCACUCCUAAUUAAAUUCAUUUAGUUCCUUGACGAAGGAAAUGUAAUUUUAUCAUCGGUUUCCUCAUCCUUCUAACAAACACAGAAUCGUAUACACAAGUGUGUAGUGGCUUUCUGUUCUCUAGUGCAGAGUGAAACAUUAAUAGUGUAAGUAGUGCAAAGAAACGACUUUCAAUAUGUCGAAAGGUUUCAAAAGUUUGUUUAGUAAACGGCAAAGCAAUAAAGACAAUGAACGUCAAAUAUCAGAAAUCGGCCUUCCCACCAAUGUUGUUCAUGAUAUACACGUCUCCAAAAACCAUAUGACAGGCGAUUUGGAAGGCCUGCCGAAAGCAUGGCUCAGGAUAAUGGACUCACAGAUCACCCAAGAUGAACAGACAAAAAAUCCGGAUGCGGCCUAUCAGGCGGUUCGAUUUUAUAAUUAUUCGAUCAAGAAAAAAGACAAUCCGGAACCGUUCAAACCGUUCAUUACCGAGGAGGCAAUACACGAAGAAUCAGAGGAGAUCGACAAAUAUGUUACGGCAAAAAGUGCUCACAAGAGUGUAGAGUCAUUAGAAAGUGGCGAAGACAGUUCGUCGGAAGCACCGGAAGCACCCCCACCGAUACCCCAAAAGAAAGCAAUGACACUUCCACCGAAACCAGCUAUUAUGCCAAAACCGAAAGCUGUGAGCCAACACGUCAAGUUCAAUCAAGGAUUAGAAGACUUAAGGAUAAUAAGCGAAAUUGAGGAUACAGUGGCGCCAGCUGACACUGAAGAAGGACUGAUUCUUCGAGCCAAGGACAAACGUCAACCGAAAUCGGACCAGCAAGUCUAUGCGGAAUUACGAAAAAUUUGCAAUUUGGAUGAUCCCACACGCAGAUACGAAACGAAAUUGGAAGUGGGAAAAGGUGCAUCGGGCGUUGUGUUCAUCGCAUUGGACAAAUACAAUGAUACGAAAGUUGCCGUGAAAACGAUCGAUCUGAAAAGUCAAUCGUCGAAGGAACUGAUUCUGAAUGAGAUUCGUGUCCUGAAGGACUUUAAUCAUAAAAAUUUGGUCAACUUUUUGGACGCAUACUUCAUCGAACCGGAAAACCAACUGUGGGUCAUAUUAGAAUACAUGGAUGGUGGACCGUUAACUGAUGUCGUUACCGAAACCGUGAUGAAAGAACGUCAAAUUGCAGCCGUCUGCCGAGAAGUGCUAAACGCAAUUAGUUUCCUCCACACCAAAGGAAUCAUUCACCGUGACAUCAAAAGUGACAACAUUCUGCUGGGUCUUGACGGAGCAGUCAAAGUUACCGACUUCGGUUUUUGUGCAAAUAUCGAAGGUGACGAGAAACGACAGACUAUGGUUGGAACACCAUAUUGGAUGGCUCCGGAAGUGGUGACACGGAAGCAGUACGGGAAAAAGGUGGACAUCUGGUCGAUUGGCAUUAUGGCUAUCGAAAUGAUUGACGGUCAGCCACCAUAUCUCAAUCAAACACCACUUCGAGCACUCUACUUGAUCGCAGCGAAUGGGCGACCUGACAUUAAAGAUUGGGCAAAAUUAUCGCCAAAUUUGCAAGAUUUCUUGGAUCGAUGCUUGCAGGUUGAGGUCGAUGUACGGGCAAGUGCCGAUGAAUUGUUGAAACAUCCGUUUUUGGAAGACUGUAUGGAAUUGAGAACGUUGACACCGCUGAUAAAGGCUGCCAGACGAAUUUUGAAACGGGAUUAACAUUUGACCUCUCGUCGUGUGUAUAGAACUAAAAUAAUUUGAAGUGCGGCUGUGAAAAUUGUAGUGCCUUCCGUCAUUUAUAAACAGUAAAACCAAAACCGAUUUUGCAGUUUCGGAUUUAACCAUCAGUCAAUCAACAAAAGGAUUAAUGAAUGGAUUCGAGUGCAACGAUCAGUGGAUCGAAUUUAUGUUUUUAAAUGUUUUCGGACAACAUUUUUGCCUAAUUAGUGGACUUAUCAACCACAACAUAAAUACAUUUAUACCCUACAAGCAUCGAUGGAACGCCGAGCUAAGUAUAUAUCGAAAUUCGAAAUGCAGGAUUUAUUGAUUAGAUAAUGCAAAUAACAACAACGGUUAUUACUACACAGGUUAAGGCUUACCAAUUCAAUUAGAUGAUAUAAUUUAGAGGUACGUUUUGUGUAAAAAAAAUUGAAACCAACGACCUCGAGAGUGUAAUCGAGUGGAAGGAAAUGUAAAAAUGAUUUUUUUCCCGAUGAUUUUAAAUACAAAAAAAAACUUUUUAAUUAAGUUGACAAACACAAACAUUCUUGGUAUGUUGCAUUUGAAUAGAACAUUUUGUUUUAAGAUUUGAUUUUAAGGUCACAUUUUCUUUCGUUAAUUUAUGUAUGAUAACUAGGGCAACACCAGUGUGUGUCACUAUGCAUUCUUUGUCAUUAACCUUUCAGUAACGGUUCUGGUCAUCUGGUAUUGUUAAAAGAGUGAGCUCCAAAUAGAAUUCUCUCAAAUAUCUCGUAUCUCGUAUCUCGUAUCAAACAAAACGGAACAACGUUAGAAAAAGAAGUAUCAGAUUUAAAGAAAAAAAAAUUGCGAUGUCCGCCGUUGCUGAAAGGUUAAUAACAGCAAAACUUUCACAACAUUCACAGAAUUUAAAUUUAUUUUAAAAAUGGACAAACUUUUUUACCGAAGAACUUCGGCCAUUUUGCAUGUACAGAAAUAUAUACAAAAAAUAUCGUUUUUAAGGUCCAACCAAAAUACAGUGUGAACAUGGGAAAACGUAUUAUUUUACAAAAAAUAAAAAUAAUUUUUUACGCUUCUGUGAUGAAUGUGUACGAUUUAAAUUUUUGAAGAGAAAAAACAAAAAUUUUGUGUUAAGAGAAUGUGAACCGAUAAGAAGCAUAGUUUGUAAGCAAAUCGAGUCAUUAAAUUUUUUUAGAAUUAUGUUGAUAGUCCAGACAAUCAAAUUCGGUAAAAUUUCUACGUUUUAAUGAUAAGUAAAAUUAAAAAAUUUUUGAUA